UGGGACAUCUAACCAAGCACUUGUCUCAAUUUGAUUUCGGUUGGCAGACAUUACGCAAGUAAAAAUAUACAUGGCCGACACCGUCGACACAUUAUGUACUCGAUGAAAUAUGAGACAUGACUCCGUUGUGCCGUUGCACGGGUGUAAAUUUUUUUUUGUAUUAAUCGACGCGCGAUCCUGGGAUAAAAAAUACCGCGAGAUACGAAGAUCCCUUUCUAAUCGCCCGCUCGUAAAACGUCUCGUAGAGUCGCCGCAAAGUUGAGUGGAUAAACCGCGCAGGAGACGAAAAUGGCGUAUCGCGGUGUGAAGGGGUCCGAUCCGUUUGUGUCGAAAACCUCACGAAAUGAACGUUUCGCGCAGAUGUCAAAGCAGGAGCAGAUCAUCCAGCAGAAGAAGAUGGAGAUCCAAGCGAAGAUGCAAGAGCAGAGAGCGAAAGAAGCCGUGGAGUGUAUGAAGAAGUCAAAUUCGUCGGCCUCGACCACAGCAACUAGUAAGACUACUGCUCCAAAGGAAGAUGAUGACAAGCCUACAAUGAAUGUAUUUGCCAAUGAUGGCAGUUUCCUCGAUCAGUUUAAAAAGAUAGCCAAUAAAGCGACCGGUAAACAGGAACAGGACAAGGAAGAUAAGAGGAAAGACGAGAGAAACUAUGAGCCUGUCAGAGAGAGAGACAGGGAGAGAAAGCGGAGUAAUGAAAAGAGCAGAGAUUGGGACAGUAGGCGUGACCGCAGGAGAAACGACACACGAUGGGGAAGAAGUUCAGAUAGGAAACACAGCUCGUCGUCGAGUCCGUCGCCUACCAGGCGAAGAUCGCCACCCAGUCCAGAGAUGCGGCACGGCUAUAGUCAGAAUGGACAGCAGCGCGCGCAGUUUAACCAGCAAUUCCCAAUUCAGAAUAACAACCACGUCUCUUCCAUCCCGUCCCUCAUGUCGCAACCGGUGCAGAUGCAAAUCACGAAUAUACCACCUCCGAACAUAAGGCCCUUGACGCCGAAUAUCCCGUCCGCGCACAUGCAGAGGAUACCGCCGGUGUCGAAGAAUUUUAGCAAUAAUUACACUAACAUGAACGAGCACUCUAAUAAUGUGAGAAUGCAAAUCGCGCCGCAUAUCAUACGUCCUCCACCGCCUCCUCCCAUUCAAAGCAUUCCACCGAAUACGAAUGUCCCGCCGCCGAACAUGCAAAUGUCUCAGGCCAUGCCAAUGCCCAGCUUGUCCUCGCCGUCGAGCGCGCAACAGCACAUCAUACAAAAUCCGCAACAGUGCAGCGUGCCACCGCCGCCGCCGGCGUGCAACGCCAAUUUACAGCCCCCGAAUAUUCCCCCGCCUAACAUACCGCCGCCAAACAUUUUGCCACCAAUGUCCCAAAUGCCACCGACCAUGAUGCCUAUCACGGGCUCGCAAGCCAUCGUGGUAACUGUACCAAACGUAGCCAAUGUCCCACCCCCAAACGUGAUAACAUCCAUGAUAAUGUCAGCACCUCCGCCAGUGCACACCGUCCCGUCGACGAUCAAUUCGGUUCCACCGCCAAACCUGAAUAUCCCACCGCCAAACAUCCCGCCGCCCAAUGUCAUCCCUAACGCGGCACCGUCGCGCGGCCUCAUGUCCAGCGGCUAUCCCCUUUCCAAUCAGGUACCUAUCUCGGUGGGUCCUCCCAACGUACAGAUACCUCCACCCGUGAGACCGCCGGCUAAUCUACAAAGUUCUGAACAACAAGUGUGUUUAGUAGAGGCUGAGCAGCUGGCACGAAUCGUCGCUGACUGUGGGGAUGAGAUAGAACAAGAAGUGCGAGAGAAGAAUGCCCAAGAUCCUAAAUUAUGGUUUCUGCACCAAAAGCAAAGUGCAGCGUAUCUGCAGUACAGGGGGUUGGUUUCAAAAUUACGUGCGGAGAAGCCGGAUAAGAGGAACAGUGGUGCAGAACUUUAUUGUCCUGAAGAAGCUCUUAGUGACAAUGACGAAGCGGAUAAAUCUCAGAAAUGUCAUUCAACCCUGUAUGAUCAGUUAAAGGACGAUAACAAGGAAGAACGGAAAAGAAGAAAACGUAGUCGCUGGGGUGAUCCAGACAAUAAAGUUCUCGUUACAGAAACAAAUGUAUCUUCCGGUAAUAGAUCGGGUGCUGUACUUCCGCAACCUGGCAUAGCUAUACCGGGACAAAUCGGACAACCUGCAGUCAUAUUACCAUCUCCAUCGAAGAGACAAGUUAAAUCAAAGAAUCCAAUGCUUACUAAGAUUUCACGGAACGAUCCUGCACUUAUUCAUUAUGCGAGACAAACGUUUGGCACACUCGAUUUAAGCGAAGAACAAUGGAAAAAGGCAGAGGAUCAUUAUAAGAUAAAUCUCUUGUACCAAAAUCUCUUAAAAAAGAGAGAAGAAGUGAAACGUUUGGAAGCGCAAGGGAAACAUAAAUACGAGUAUGACAGCGAUGAGGAGACAGACGGAGGAACUUGGGAACAUAAACUGAGAUCUGCUGAAAUGGAGGCGACACAGAUGUGGGCCGAGGAAUUAACUGCGCAAGCGGAAGGCAAACAUCAUAUUGGCGAUUUUCUGCCACCGGAUGAAUUAAAAAAAUUUAUGGAACAGUAUAAUGCCGUAAAGCAAGGAAAAGAACCCGAUUUGAGCGACUACAAGGAAUUUAAGUUAAAGGAAGAUAAUAUAGGAUUUCAGAUGUUACAAAAGCUUGGAUGGAGUGAAGGACAAGGGUUGGGUAGCGAGGGUAGCGGUCGUAUUGAACCAAUUAAUAAAGCGACGAAUAGACUGGAUAGUGCCGGUCUAGGUUCUGAAAGACCAGAUGGAGUAUCUAGAGAUGAUGAUGAAUUUGAUGCAUAUAGAAAACGGAUGAUGCUUGCUUAUAGAUUUAGGCCUAAUCCAUUAAAUAAUCCAAGAAGACCUUAUUACUAAGAGCUAAAAUAUAUUAUCACUAAACUAGUAUUCUUUUUAUUACCGAACAAUGUAGUAGAUUGCCUUUAUUUUGUAUAUUGAAAUUGUAUAUUUCAUUUUAAAAUAUAUCUCUUAUACAAUUUU